CCUGAGCAAAUUUCUGGAUGAUAAAAUUCACGGUCAUAAUCAGCAAUAAAAAGACGCCGAUUUGGGUUGUUGUGGUGCGGUAGCUGUAGCGGUACGACAACGGGUAGCGUGUUGUAAUAAUAAGGCAAUGCGAGCCUACUAAUAACAUUCGCGAAUCGUCUCUUGAAGUGUUUCGUUGUCGUCGUCGUAACGGUAGCUUCCAGGAAUAAUCGAUCAGCCAUGGACUCAAAAACGAUGCUGGACUGCAGUUGGGUUGAUGGUGAUCUGUUGCUUAGCAUCUUGAAGGCAGAACAACAUGGAUCUGGCGAGAGCGAGAUCAAAAUUGUCGACUUCAAAGUGGAAGCAGCUACCAAGAAGGGCGAUAACUAUGCCAGUGAGAUGUAUAGAGCCGAUUUGGAAUACGAGAAGGAUGGGAAACUUGUGAAAUGUAGACGUAUCUUGAAGGUAAUCCCAUCCGGCGAGAUCCAACGGAUGAUAAUGGAAAAGAAUAGCAUUUUCCCCAGAGAAAUAGCCGUCUACAGGGAUAUUCUGCCGAAGAUUCACAGUUUGCUGGAGAGCAUUGGAGACUCGACGUUGAUUUCCCCGAAAUGCAUCUUCACCACGGACGAUCCGAAAACCAUGCUGGUGUUCGAGGACAUCAAAGAUGCGGGCUUCCAGAUGGUAGAUCGCAAACUUGGUCUGGACUUGGAACAUUCCAAAUUAGUCAUAGGAAAACUAGCAAAGCUACACGCAUGUUCAGCGGUCAUCUAUCAAUCAAACCCAGCAGUUAUGGAUCCCGUGCUGGAAGGAGCGAUUUCUACGAACCCGGAAAGACAGGACUUCCUGGAGUUCUACAGGAUGUGCUCUCGUCAAGUAGCGCAACUUGUGAAAAGCUGGAACGACCCCACCUACAAUCAUCUCCUGGAGAGGCUAGAAAACCUUCCAAAGACAAUUAUCAGCAGAGGGGUUCAGGUGUACACUCGGGACGAUUCGUGUUUCAACGUGUUAAAUCACGAUGACGUUUGGACCAACAACAUGAUGUUCAAGUACGGUGGUGAAAAGUCUGUCGAGGACGUCUUGCUGUUCGACUAUCAACUGGCGUACUACGGAUCACCCGGAGUGGAUUUGAACUACUUUCUGAACGCAGCAGUUCAAGAGGCGGUUCGCGAAAAGCAUUGGCUGGAACUGAUUAGGGAAUACCACAACAUCUUGAAAUCAACCCUGGAGAAACUGGACUACUCCGGGAGAAUCCCGACGCUCGAGGACAUCCACGUGGAGAUCAUUCGGAAGGGAUUUCACAGAGUGAAUGCUGUACUAUGCCUAUUACCAAUUGCGUUCAUGGAACGGACCGAGAAUGCCGAGAUGGACGUGUUUCUACAGGAAAGCGAAGCCGGUCAAGCGUUCAGGAAGCAGAUAUUCUCCAACCCACGAUUGGAGGGGAUUCUGAAGCGGGCACUAGUGCAAUACAAUCAUUUGGGGUAUUUUGAUUGAAGGAAGUGAAAUAUUUUCAGGAAUGUGAAUAGUUCGAACUGAAAUAAAAGUAAUGCGUUGAGCUCUACGUAAUGAUGUUUCACCGAAA